AGACAUCGCAUCCAUGUUGCUGAUCAGCUGGGCCAUCACGGCACGGCUUCACCGAGAUUGGUCGGUCGUCGGUCGAUCGGUGAGGGAGGCGGUGGCGGACAAAACAACCGUGACACCUAGCUACUAGAGCUUCUGCUUGAUCGAUCGGGCUGCAGGUCGCCGCGCACCGCCCCUUUGCCGCGCUUCUUCUCGAGCCUGGAGGUGAAGUUGGGCAAUAACGUACGACUGGGAGGGGGUCGGUCGACGGCCGGCCUCUGACUCUCCACCGGCGGCGAGAUGGCUACGCGGCUCGCCGUCGCCGCCGUCCUGCUCUGCUUUUGCGCCGUCUCUGCUGCCGGUUGCCUGACGCGCACCAAGGUCACCAGCCUGCCGGGGUUCGACGGCGCGCUGCCGUCCCGAAUCGAGACCGGGUACGUGACCGUCGACGAGGAGAACGGCGCGGAGCUCUUCUACUACUUCAUCGAGUCGGAGGGCGACCCGGGCACCGACCCCGUCCUGCUCUGGCUCACCGGCGGCGACCGCUGCUCCGUGCUCAGCGCCAUUUUCUUCGAGAUCGGCCCGUUGAAGGUGGUCAUCGAGCCGUACAACGGCGAGCUCCCGCGGCUGCGGUACCAUCCCUACACGUGGACCAAGGUGGCCAGCAUCCUCUUCGUCGACUCGCCGGUCGGCGCCGGCUUCUCCUACUCCCGGGACCCCAGCGGCUACGACGUCGGCGAGGUCUCCGCUUCGCUGCAGCUCGUCAAGCUUCUCAGGGAGUGGUUCAGUGAGCAUCCGGAGUUCCUCUCGAAUCCGUUCUACGUCGGAGGGGACUCGGGCGGCGGAAAGAUCGUCCCGUUUAUCGCACAGAAGAUCUCGGAAGAUAUUGAAGCUGGGGUCAGACCGACGCUUAAUCUCAAGGGCUAUCUCGUAGGUAAUCCUGUAACAGGUGAGAAGGUUGACUACGAUUCGAGAGUGCCGUAUUCCCACGGCGUCGGGAUCAUUUCAGAUCAGUUAUACGAGAUGAUAAUGUUGAACUGCGAAGAAGAGGAUUAUAAGAACCCCAGCAAUGUGAUUUGCCAGCAAGCUUUAGCCAGGUUUAACAGUCUAUUAGACGAAAUUUCGAAGGCGUACAUUUUGGGCAGGGAGUGUAUUUAUGUGUCCCCCAUACGGUACCACGAGACAUUAGACAGAAAGAUGUUGGAGAAGGAGCAUGGAGUACUAAAGCAUCCACCUGCUCAGCCCUCAAUAGAAUGUGGUGUCUACGCAAACUAUUUGUCAUAUUUCUGGGCAAACAGCAACGUCACACGAAACACACUGGGAAUAAAAAAGGGCACUGUAAAUGAAUGGGUUAGGUGCCACGAAAAUGAUCUGCCAUACGCCAUUGACAUCAAGAGCAGCACAAAGUACCAUCGGAGUGUUACACUAAAGGGUUACCGUGCUCUGGUGUACAGUGGUGACCAUGAUGCCAUUAUACCAUUUCUGGGUACACAAGCUUGGGUGAGAUCACUUGACUAUCCAAUUGUGGAUGACUGGAGAGCCUGGCAUGUGGAUGGCCAAUCUGCUGGAUUCACCAUAGCAUAUGAAAACAAUAUGACAUUCACUACGGUAAAGGGUGCUGGACACACUGCACCAGAGUAUGAACCAGAGAGAUGUUUUGCAAUGUUUUCGCGUUGGAUUUCCAACGUACCACUUUGAUAAUGGAUGUACAUAAUCUCGACACUCAGCUUGCACAUUUGGUGGAUUGGAGUCAUAUUGUGGUCGAUGAGGAAAACUCAUCUUUUAUGGAAUGUAUAAAAAAAUGAAAUAUCAAUUAUAAAUAUUGUUGUUUGUUGACAAAAGUUGGCCAAAUAAUUUUGUGAAGUAACCACUGCAUGUCUACAAACAAGUUGGCUUAUGCUUAGGCAUUUUGUUUUUCAUGUUUUUCUUUGGGACUGUUGACAAAAAA